AUGGAAGCUGUAAGUAAUUUAGACAAUUACAGGCUUCACACUCCUGUUACAAUCACCAUGAAAAAUGUGACUUACUCUUCUACCACAUCGAAAUUGAUUCCUUUAUCGGUAGCCAAACAUAUUAAAAGAAAUCGUCGCAUUUUGUUGAAUAAAGUUUCGCUUAUUGCGGAAUCCGGACAAUUACUCAUUAUAGUGGGGCCAUCAGGAAGUGGAAAAACUACUCUGCUCAAUCUACUUGGAGGUCUUACGAGUUGUGGCACUCGUGAUGACAAGAAAGGCUGGUAUUGUAACCCGAAUCAUAUAGAAGGAGAAGUUCGAUAUAAUGGACGAAAGUGUAGCAGAAACGAAAUUCGAGCUUUCUUAAGUUAUGUUAUGGCUAAAGAUGCUUUUUAUCCAAAUACAACUGUGCGAGAAAUAUUUGAAGACGCGGCGCGUCUUAAAAUGCCCUUCUUAUCUGAAAAACUUCGAUCCGAACGUAUUGAUUCCGUUUUAUCAUCUUUAUCGUUAAACCAUUUCCAGCAUGUGAACAUUGGUGAUGAAGCUGUUUUUGCUAGGAGUGCUAGUGAAAUGAAAAGAGUUUCUAUUGGUAUUGAGCUUCUCCGUUCCUCACCCGUUUUGAUAUGUGAUGAACCAACAAGUGGUCUAGAUUCAAGACUAAGUGUCCAGGUUAUGGAGUGUUUGCUACAAAAAGCCAUCUCUGGUACCACAGUCAUUGUAACACUUCAUCAACCAUGUACCCAAAUCUUACGUAUGUGUCAUAAAUUUCUAGUUUUACAUGAUGGGCGAGUUGCGUUUUUCGGUACUAAUGAAGAAGCGUACGAAAACAUGAAUCUAUUACAAAUUAUGUAUCCUCCAAACUGGAAUUGUUCUGAUAUCUACAUUUUUAUUUUAUCAUUUUUAAAAGAUCAGGCAGAGCGGGAAGACAAUCUAGAAGUCGGUAGCUCGGAGUUGCGUAUGAUUUUUGAAAAUGAAGUUUCACUAGGAAAUCAAUAUCUAACACAAGAAGAUAUAUUUCAUCAUUGGUUGACUUCAGACAAUUGUUUAGAACUUUAUCGCAAUAUUGAUUCAAUUAAUUAUGCGAAAGUAACCCAAAAUCCUCCAACUAAUUAUUCAUCUUAUUUACCCACAGCUAAUUUAGACCAUAUAAAAGUUCUUAGUUCUAGAGCUUUUCGAAAUAUUAUUCCUAUCAUUUUUGGUAGUAUUUUUUACAACCUUGCAAAUUUACCAAAUGUGGACGAAAAUCCAACCUUGUUAUCGGAACAAUUCCGCGCUCCACAUCCCUGGCUUGAUGAUUUUUUUACAGUGUCGUCAAAAAAACCAUUUGAGUUAGGUCUUUCACCUGCGUUAGCUGUUUAUCAAAAAGGUUUUGAUGGAAAAGGUGACUUUGCAUUUAUGAAUGUAUCAACAUCAAUAGACGAGAUCAAAAAUAAAACUCACCAUUUUUUAGACACUUAUGUUACAUGUUUGUAUAAGAGUUAUAAUUUACCUCAAUUCAACUAUCCCCCAUUGCCACUGAUGAAGGAAAUGCCAGCUUCCGAGUGGGACGUGUGGACACCAGAAAGAAUCUACACAAAUCUAAUGGCUUUCUAUCAAAUAAUAGACUAUCAUCUGGAUUCUAAGUCCUUUAAGCAAUUUAUAGACAUUUCAAGUUUAUUUUCAAAAAAUUGUUCCAUGCAAUCCUGUCAGGCAGAAUGGGCAUACAAUUCGUUAUCAACUAUUUUUCAAUGUUCGCCAUACAAGUCUUUGGCAGAUAUGACUUCCUUAGUGGUAAAUAAAAGUGUUAAAAAAAAAACUCGAGAAAAUAUUACAGAAGAAAAACCUUCCAAAAUUAUUCAAUCAAACAUCCAUCUAAAUUCUAAAUUAAAAAUUAAUUGUACUUUAAAACUUGAAGUAUUUAAAGAAAGGCGCAAAAAGUCAAAGGGAACCGUUCGCGCUGUGUGGAGUUACAUCAACCCUUCUUUAACAGAUAUCAUUGAUGCCGUUUACAUUUGGUCAUGUCGAUUGACUUUUUGCCAAGAACCUAUUUGUAGUUCAUUCAACAAAAUUUUAAAAUCUUUUCAACUCUGGGGUGGUCACUUAUUUUCAUCAGCAUACAGUGUCCUCAAUGUGACUGGCUGUUUAUUUUUAGUAGUAACUCUAGUAGGACUUUUGUCUUAUCAAGCACUACUAAUAUUUAAUCAAGACAAAGUUCAUUUUAAUCGAGAAACAUUAAAUGGAUUAUAUUCACCAUUAUCCUACUACAUUGCACGUAACAUAGCUGAUAUUCCCUUACAACUCAUUCCCCCCAUACUUAUGGCAACUGUUUUUUUUUGGUUCAGCGACUUUCGUUACAACUUUGUCAGCUUUAUAAUGUAUCUGGUGAUUAUAGGAUUAACAUCUUUUACUGGAUUCGGUUUUGGAUACAUUUUUUCAGCUUUAUCACCACGUUUGGAAGUUGCUGUAUUAAUUGGACCACUCACACUAGGUUUUUUCUUAAUGUUAUCAGGCUUCAUUCCAGAUGAUAGACAAGUACCAUCAAGCAUAGCAUGGUUAAAAUACUUUAGCUUUUAUCGUUGGGCUUACUUCAGCACUGUUUUAAAUCAGUUUCCUGCGGACGGAGUUUCUGGUAAUAUCCCAAAUAAUAUCAUUCGUCAAGCGUCUGGAGUUCAUAUUUUAUCACUUUCAACGAGCAUGAUGUACUUAUUUUUCCUAGGCAUUUUUUAUCGUAUUGUUGGAUACUUUCUUGUAACGUAUACGAAUCGCGAUAUAGGUCUUUUAUCUUGAAUAACUUACUUUUUUUAUAUAUUAGUUAACAUAUUAUAAUUUUUUUUUUUAAACUGUAUCAAUGUCGAAAUUUUUCACUAAACAACAUGUGAUUUAUCAGUAGGUUAUCCUCUUUCCAAUCACCGAAUGCAUUCACAUUUCAUUUUUUUUAAUAACUGGCACCUAUACUAUUUUUCGUAGAGUAAAACUGAGCGUGUCUUUUCAUCUUGAAAUUUUUUUUUUCUUUAAAUGAUUCUCAACAAACCAAAAUAACGCAGCAUUUUUGUAUGUAACUUUUGUCUCACUAAAAAAACCGAAAAUAUGUUAAACUUAACGAAUAUACUAACACAAUGAAUAAGAAAAAUCAAAAAUUCAAAUCCAAUUAAUUCCAUCUAUGAUAGGUGCUGUAAACGACUACUUGCUAACGAUGACGUGUUUAUAAAAAACAUGCGACAUGUAGCGAUUAUAAAGAGAUUAUCUAAAGCAUUAUAAUAAGUUAAAAAAUUUAUAUUAUCCAAAAAAAAUACUUUACAGUAUCGAUGUAAACAAUUAUUGUUAUAAUGCGAUAACCGGCAAAAUUAUAAACUGUUGCGUCAAAACAUAAUACACUAAAUAAUGAAAUAUAAAAGAAAAGGGUAGGGCAAAAAAAACUGCACAAUAACAAACAUAAAAAAGCCACUUUUCAUCUUUCCCCCACAAAUAUUGUAACCUGUCUCAUCCAUAAAUAUGUACAGCACUUCUGAUCAAGAUGCACUCUAUUUUUUUUUCUGUAGUCACCGGAAUAGUAUAAAUGUACGGUUUUUCAACAGUUCACGCAUACAGAUGUCCAUAUAAGCAAUUUACGGCAAGUUAGUUUCUAAGGAACGUUUCAAACCUUUCACACAAUUUCACUUAUGUUUUUCUUUCACGAAUUCUGUUGCCAACCUUUUAUAGAUGAUAAACGUCGAUACUAGCAGAUAAGAAACAUACUAAAACUAUUGUUGAAUUGAAUUAUCUUCACACAUCUGCAACUAUUCACUAUAACCAACUAACGUAAUUUUUGCUCAAUCCAAUCACCGUACAUCUACUUAGCUAUCUCAUUUAAAACAGAUAUGACUAAGAAAACCUAAUAUACACUCUUUCUUUUCUGAUAUUGAAAUUUCACUGAAAAACUCGCAUAACAAAUACGUGCUUUUUCUCAAUGAGGUUUGUGUCGUCAAUUGACUUUUCUAGUACGUGUAGAUUCGCCAAUUGUCUCAUUUGUAUAAAUCGUCCUUAAAAAUAUUAAAAAAAUCAUUGUUGUUUAAACAGCUACAUAAGUAUCGGUUUAUGGAUGAUUCUACAUUAGAAAAAUUUUUGUAUGCUUAGGACGCUUAUUGAAAAAUCCUAUUAUAUAACUUAUGCAAGAAAUUAACUUUUCAGUCUCAACGUUUAAAAGCAUAUAUAAUGUCACAUUGUUUGGAGUGUAACUGACUGUAAAAUGAUUCAUAACAACUUAGAAAAAAACAUUUUAAUUUAUGUGCCAGACUUGAUGUAGUUUUGUUUUCUUUUUCAACGUAUACUUUAAAAAUCCAUGAUUGACGCUCAAAAAAGGUACCUUUUCUUCAUGAUAUGUCAUUCGCAUCUACGACCAAAGCACAAGGUGAUACGUUUUCGCAAAACCUUCGAUUUCGUCCUCACUGUUUCUACCAUAAAAUAAGACCACGCAAUACCUAAGUGUGGUAAACUUCAAGUGACGUGGCAUUUAAUUUUAAAAUUCACUCCUAAAACACUAUCCAAGUCUUAAACAAAAAAAUAUUUUGGGAUAUUUAUUUUGUAAGUACGUCGUCACGACCGCUCGUCGGGCCUACACUAACUGUAGCCAAGGGAAAAUCAAUUGCUUUAAAUUUUUUAAUUGUCCAUAUUUUUCAUAUCAUGUUCACCAUUUUUCAUAGACCAUUCCAUUUCUUUAUUUUAGGUUAACAACUUCGUAACGAGUAUAAAAUUGAUUUUUUAUUUUUUUUCAUAUGUGGGCUCUUAUGAAGCUGACCUCACAUUCGCGUCUUUACUUAACGAGGUUGUCUAUAAGAUUGUUUUUUAUCAAUGAAACUUGUUUACGAAUAAAAUUUAUUUUAA